UCAUAUCGGUGUCUCUACCUUCAUCUCCGGCAGUUCUGUGCUGUGAAACACUUUGAUUUUCGUCGGGUUUUAUUUCUGGAAGUACGACAUGGACACAGUUUCAUGCGCAUAAACGAGCGUUUCUCAGUUUUAGUGCCUAAAUUUGAAAACAAAAACAAAACCGCUGUGUUGCGGCUCGUCCGGCUGAAGUGGCAAUAAUGAUGGAGUACUGGAGGCAAUGCGCUCUGUGGUUAAUAAACUGCAAGGUGCUUCCAGCGAACCACCGGGUGACAUGGGAGUCUGCACAGGUAUUCGACUUGGCCCAAACCCUUCGGGAUGGAGUCCUCCUGUGCCACCUGCUCAACAACCUGAGACCUCAGUCAAUCAACCUGAAGGAGAUCAACCUCCGACCGCAAAUGUCACAGUUCCUGUGCCUGAAGAAUAUCAGGACUUUCCUGGCAGCAUGCAGCGACACAUUUGGCAUGAAGAAAAGUGAACUUUUUGAGGCUUUUGACCUGUUUGAUGUCAGGGACUUUGGAAAGGUUAUGGACACGUUAUCUAAGCUUUCACACACAGUGGUUGCUCAACAAACUGGAAUCAGGCCAUUUCCAACAGAGGAAAGUGUGGAAGAUGACAAUAUCUACAACCACUUGGAGGACCUCAUAGACGAGAACGAAUUGGAGGAUGAGGAAGAUCUGUACGACUGUGUGUACGAUGAUGAAGAUGGCGGGGAGAUUUACGAGGAUCUGAUGAAGACAGAAGCCAUCCCUGUUCUGCCCUUCCAGAAGCAGGCUGAAACUGACAUCAGGAGUUGCUGUUUAACAGAGGUCAAACAGACCGAAGAGAAAUACACAGAGACGCUGGAGUCAAUAGAGAAGCACUUUAUGGCGCCCCUUCACACCUUUUUAUCUGUGGUGGAGAUGGAAAAGGUGUUCGUCAAUAUUCCAGACUUGGUGAAAGUUCAUCGAUGUUUGCUGCUGGAAGUUAAAGACUCAGUCCAACACAGAAGUGCUCAGAAUCUUUACCAGAUCUUCAUCAGUUUCAAAGAGAGGCUGUUGAUUUAUGGGAAAUACUGCAGCCAUGUGGAGACAGCCAUUGCCACGCUGGAUGACAUCUGCAAAGACAGAGAAGACGUUCGCAUGAAGCUGGAGGAGUGCUCAAAGAGAGCUAACUAUGGCAAGUUCACACUGAGGGAUCUACUUGUGGUUCCUAUGCAGCGAGUCUUGAAGUACCACCUCCUGCUGCAGGAACUGGUCAAACACACUAAGGAUGCCACAGACAAAAGCAACCUGAGGACAGCACUGGAUGCUAUGAAGGACUUGGCUCAGUAUGUUAAUGAGGUCAAGAGAGACAAUGAGACAUUACGAGAAAUAGAUCAAUAUCAGAAGUCUAUUGAAAAUCUGAAUCAACCUCUGAGUAACUAUGGAAGACCGAAGGGCGAUGGUGAGGUACGCAUGGCCUCAGUGGACAAACGAGCUAAACAGGACAGGCACAUCUUCCUGUUUGACGCAGCAGUUAUUGUGUGUAAACGGCGAGGAGACAACUAUGAGAUGAAAGAAGUGAUUGACCUACACCUGUUCAAGAUCACCAACAACCCCACAUCGGACAAAGAGAACAAAAAGUGGUCCUACGGAUUCUACCUCACUCACAAUCAGGGCCAAAGCGGCUUUGAAUUCUUCUUCAAGACCAAAGAGCUGAAAAAGAAGUGGCUGGAGCAGUUUGGCAUGGCCAUAUCCAACAUUCAUCCUGAGAACUCCACGAACAACUUUCACGAGUUUCGGAUGAACACAUUUGAAAGGAUAACGUCCUGCAACUCCUGCCACAUGCUCCUGAGAGGAAUUUUUAACCAGGGCUACCUGUGCUCCAAGUGCGGCCUCGGAGCCCAUAAAGAAUGCUUGGGACGCUUUGGCUGCUGCGGAAAAACAGAUCCCAGCACCGUCAGAACUCAGGACAAAGCACGAGAUCCAGGUCUACCUAAGAUGCUGGUCAUCAGGAACUACUAUGGUGCACCAAACCCCACAUCCGGUCCAGCUCUCAGCAUCCAACCUGGAGACAUCAUUGAAUUAAUCUGUGCAGACAUUCACAGCCCCUGGUGGCAGGGCAGAAUCCUGUCGACGAAAGAGGUUGGCUUCUUUCCAAGCGAUGCCGUGAAGCCUUGCCCAUGUGUACCCAAGCCUGUUGAUUACUCAUCUCAACCUUGGUUUGCCGGUCCCAUGGAAAGGCUUCAAGCGGAGGCAGAACUCCUCAACAGGGUCAACAGCACCUACCUGGUCCGUCACCGCAGCAGAGAGUACACCGAGUAUGCCAUCAGCAUCAAGUACAACAACGACGUGAAGCACAUAAAGAUCCUGACCAAGGAGGGCUGCUUCUACAUCGCAGAGAACAAGAAGUUCAGGAGCAUAUUAGAGCUGAUUGAGUACUACAAACAUCAUUCACUGAGAGAAGGUUUUAGGAGUCUGGACACCACCUUACAGUUUCCUUAUCGAGAACCAGAGAAUGCUGCUGUGCACCGCCUGAACCGCUCAGGUGGCAACACUCCAUUGCUCUGCGGCCUCUCUUUUGUAACUCCUGCAGGCUACAGCUUUGUACCUCCUUCCUCUACUCCCUUCUGGUCAGUGUUUACUCCCAAAGUGAUUGGUGUGGCGAUAGCGCGAUACGACUUUAGUUCCCGUGACACCCGUGAACUCUCGCUACAGGAAGGCGACGUGGUUAAAAUCUACACGAAGUCAGGCGCCAACGGCUGGUGGAGGGGCGAGGUCAACGGCAGAGUUGGCUGGUUUCCAUCUACAUAUGUGGAGGAGGGUGAGGAGUGAAAUGUGCAACACGGGACUGUAACUAAGAAUUACUGUAGAGCUGUGAGCAAACCUAGAACAUCACAGGAUCAUCACUGAGCUUCUGCACCGCCGCUUGCUCUCCUGAUUUCUGCAGAGUGAAGUGGUUGGCUCACGUCACGCUGCCUGCUGCCACCCUUCUAGCCUUUGGGAGAGAAAGAGCUACAGUAGACUGCAGAUGCAAAGAUGCUCCAUCAUGGCUAAACAAAUCAAAUGACCGGCAGCUUGCCUGUCAGCGGGGUACAAGCCGCCGCCAGACACCACCUAACUUUAUAUGGCCAACCUUAAUUCAGCCUCAUCUCUCUGUAACGUUGUGCCCAGAACUCCCACAAGUCAACCAUCACCAGUCGAGUCAAAAGUAGAAAGUCAACUAUCAUCCUCCCAUUUACAUGUCUAUCCAUCCAAGCAUCCAUCCUUCUCUGACACAAGAUCUCCAGGUGAUCGGACCUGGAAAGCGUCAGUACAAAGGUUUUUUCUUUGAACUUUCUUGACCUUGCCUUUGUGUUCACUCUGUUAAUGGAGGAGGUUAUUGAUGAUUUACACACACACAUACACACACACACACACACACCACCCACUUCUCCCUUUCAGAUUACGAUCGCCACACACUCACACAGGAGAUGUAAGCGAGGGAUGGCAUCAGAUAGAAUCGCAGCACAGUGCCAGCAAUUGAUCGCUGUUGUUCUUAUUUUCCUUCCACCUUCCACAUUCUUUAUCUGCAGUCCGACCUCAUGUUUUUUUUGUUGUCUCAGCCACGAGCAGUGCUCUGCUGUUAUCUGUGAUGACUCUCUCGACAGGAGCCCAUUCACACAGGGUUUAUCUUAGUGGAGGAAUUACCGGCUUGUCUGGGGACAAACUGCUCCAACCAGGACCCCCCUGCCCCCGUUAAAAUGUUAAAAAAAGAAAACACGUCUGUCUCAUUUUACCUGCUUUCUCACUCUCACUCUGCAUUUUUGCUAAAUCUGAGAUUAUAAUCAAAUAGUGGAAUGACUGAUUGCAGGGAUUCUGACUGCCUCCCAUAGACUGUAAGUAACUGGACGAACACCCUCGUUAUGUCACCCAUAGGGUUUUCUGAAGGGCGACUUUGAAGCUCAAAUGAGGCAGCUGUAAUUGUCAACAUUUUGGCAAUGACUGACUCCGCCUAAUUCUCGGCCAACCCAUAAAUGUGUUUUGGUGGAGGGUGGGCAAGAGCUGAGUGGGAUGAAUGGACCCCCCCCCACCACCAUGCCGUACUUACCAAUAAGCUAAAGUUGACUGGCUUGGUUCAGGUGUUUGGGCAAUGGGCCAGCAGUUUGUUUUUUUUUGAUGCAGGGAAACAAAAAAUAUGACCAGUAUCUUGCCUCAAAACCAUAAAGUAACAGUGAAAAUAAUGUCAAAAGCCCUCAGUAGUAAUUUCUGCUCACGGUGCUAACAUAUGUGCAAUUUAAUUAAUAUGAAACAGAAAUACUGGUGCACAGACUUAAAUGGUCUGUUAGUACAGUUAAAAUUGAUUUUCCCCAAGAGAAUGCAGUAAUAUUUGAAACUGGGGGUAAUUUGCCUUGGCAAAAAAAAA